CCUUUAAGCGAUCCAAUCAGAGCGCGCGUUGCUCGGCGGCUCUCGGGCCAAUCGCGUGCGGUCGCCUUGGACUCAACGUCUCUGUGCGAGGCCGGCUUCGAAGUGGAUGCCCAGGGAACCCGCAGCAGAAACGUUACUUUUGCGUUACUUUCGCGUUACUUCCCCCCACGUUACUCUGCCCCCCACCCCCUCCGUUACAGGGCGCUGUUGUGUGACCCCCCCCCCAUCCUUCACGUUACACCCACGUCCGUCUUAACGUUACUCCCACGUGGCCCUGAUUUGGUAGUGGUGGGUGGGGGCGGUGGAGUGUCUCCGUUACACUCGCGUUACUUUUCCACUCGUUACUUUUUAAUUACUUUACCACCCCCCCGUUGACUCGGCGUCGCCGGAGCCAUGAGCAUCCUACAGAAAAUCUCGGAGAUCGAGGGAGAGAUGGCACGAACUCAGAAGAACAAAGCCACCGCUCACCACCUGGGCCUGCUGAAGGCUCGGCUAGCCAAGCUUCGCAGGGAGCUCAUCACUCCCAAGGGUGGCGGAGCCGCCACCGGCGAAGGGUUUGACGUAGCCAAGACUGGUGACGCCCGUAUCGGCUUUGUUGGCUUCCCCUCGGUGGGGAAGUCAACGCUGCUGAGCAAUCUGGCCGGAGUCUACUCAGAAGUGGCCGCUUACGAGUUCACCACCCUCACCACCGUGCCAGGAGUCAUCAAGUAUAAGGGGGGCGAAGUGCAGCUUCUGGAUUUGCCGGGAAUCAUCGAGGGAGCCAAAGACGGCAAGGGGAGAGGACGUCAGGUGAUCGCAGUGGCUCGUACUUGCAGCUUGAUCUUCAUCGUGCUGGACGUGCUGAAGCCGCUCAUCCACAAGCAGCUGAUUGAGCACGAGCUGGAGGGCUUUGGCCUGCGCCUCAACGCCGUCCCUCCCAGCAUCGGCUUCCGUCGCAAGGACAAGGGGGGGAUCAACCUCACCACCACUUGUGCUCAAAGCGAGCUAGACCAAGAGACGGUCCGCUCCAUCCUGAGCGAGUACAAGAUCCACAACGCCGACAUCACCCUGCGCUGUGAUGCUACGGCAGACGACCUCAUCGACAUCGUCGAGGGCAAUCGAGUCUACCUACCGUGUAUCUACAUCCUGAACAAGAUCGACCAGAUCUCCGUGGAGGAGCUGGACAUCAUCUACCGUAUCCCACACUGUGUUCCAAUCUCCGCUCACCACCGCUGGAAUCUGGACGACCUCCUGGAGAGGAUGUGGGAUGCCCUUAGACUCGUGCGCAUUUACACGAAGCCCAAGGGACAGCUGCCUGACUACGCGUCUCCCGUCGUGCUCCAGGCCGGCCGCACCUCCGUCGAGGAUUUCUGCAACAAGAUUCACAAAAACCUCAUGAAGGAGUUCAAAUAUGCGCAGGUGUGGGGUUCUUCAGUGAAGUACAACCCGCAGAAGGUGGGGAAGGAGCACGUCCUGAACGAUGAAGAUGUCAUCCAGAUCGUGAAGAAGUGAUGACAUCAUCAUCAACAUCAUCAACAACAUCAUCAUCAUCAACAACAUCAUCAUCAACGUCCUGAACGAUGAAGAUGUCAUCCAGAUCGUGAAGAAGUGAUGACAUCAUCAUCAACAUCAUCAUCAUCAACAUCAUCAACAACAUCAUCAUCAAC